AAAACAGACCGUCCCGUUUCGAUGCCGCACUCGAAAGUUCAAUAAUCACUCCAAAUGCUAACAGAAAAAGUCUACUUUCCGUGGGAGUAUCUAGCUUACUCAAAUCUUCCGGAACUAAAAGCCAUUUCUCUUUAUCAAACUUUGCAUUUCCUUUCAAUCUCUUUGAAUCUUUUCUUUCUACUUCUUCAUGAACACAUUUCAUUUAUCUCCAAAAGGAACAAAGAUGCUCCACCAUCCACUUCCCUUCUAUUCCAAUUCUUCUAAAUUCCAUAUCUAUGCUUCCGCUUUGUCACACACUUUUGAUCCUUCUCCUGCUCAUGAGAUGGGAUUGAAAUUGUGUAAGAAAGCAUCUAGCAGCAGCAAUCCAGGGCGCUUCAGUAAGACAAGGGGCAGUGUCAGUCAUAAGACAUCUAAUGCUUAUGAUCAGCGAGCUCAAGGACGUGUACUUGAGGAAGAAGCCCCUCAAAUAACAGAAACAACCCCGUCAUUGAAAACUUCCCAAGGCCAGGCAUCUCCUCUCGGGGUGUCUGAAGUGGACAAUGGGAUCAAUUUUGCUAUUUUUUCUCAGCACGCUACAGCAGUCACGCUUUGUUUAUCACUUCCCAUUAGAGGAGACAGUUUGGGUGGUGGAAUGAUUGAGCUACCUUUGGAUCCCCAUGUAAAUAAAACCGGAGACAUCUGGCACAUGCAUAUCAAGGAUCUUCCUCGGAGCAAUGUUCUCUAUGGUUAUCGCAUUGAUGGUCCUCAAGGUUGGAAUCAAGGACAUCGAUUUGACAAAAACACUGUGCUUAUCGAUCCUUAUGCAAAGCUAGUUGAGGGCCGUAGAUAUUUUGGAGAUAGCAGUGAAAAAUUAUCAAAGUUUCUUGGAACUUAUGAUUUUGAUACCUUGCCUUUUGACUGGGGAGAAAAUUACAAGCUUCCAAAUAUACCAGAGACAGAUCUUGUUGUAUAUGAAAUGAAUGUUCGCGCGUUUACAGCUGACAAAUCUAGUGGGUUGGAUCCAGACAUACGUGGCAGCUACCUAGGUUUGAUAGAGAAGAUUCCACAUCUUUUAGAGCUCGGUGUCAAUGCUGUGGAGUUGCUGCCUGUCUUUGAAUUUGAUGAGUUUGAGUUUCAAAGGCGCCCAAACCCUAGAGAUCACAUGGUCAAUACAUGGGGCUACUCAACAAUAAAUUUCUUUUCUCCAAUGAGUCGCUAUGCUAGUGGAGGUGGAGGACCUCUUAAGGCUUUGUGGGAGUUCAAAGAAAUGGUUAAAGCCUUGCAUGGAGCUGGCAUAGAGGUCAUUUUGGACGUUGUCUAUAAUCAUACUAAUGAGGCAGAUGAUAACUACCCUUAUACCACCUCAUUUCGUGGCAUUGAUAAUAAGGUUUAUUACAUGGUGGACAGCAAUGGCCAGUUGCUCAAUUUCUCUGGCUGUGGAAACACAUUAAACUGUAAUCAUCCUGUGGUCAUGGAGCUCAUCCUGGACAGCUUAAGACACUGGGUUGUUGAGUAUCAUGUGGAUGGAUUCCGAUUUGACCUUGCUAGUGUACUUUGUCGAGGAUCAGAUGGUUCUCCACUUAGUGCUCCACCACUUAUUAGAGCAAUUGCCAAAGAUGCUACCCUAUCUAGGUGUAAAGUUAUUUCAGAACCUUGGGACUGUGGAGGCCUUUAUCUUGUUGGAAGUUUUCCAAAUUGGGACCGGUGGGCUGAGUGGAAUGGGAAGUACCGUGAUGACUUAAGAAAAUUUAUAAAGGGUGACCCUGGCAUGAAGGGGAGUUUGGCUACUCGUGUCUCUGGAUCUGCUGACCUUUACAGAGUAAAUAAUCGCAAGCCCUAUCAUAGUAUUAAUUUUAUCAUUGCACAUGAUGGGUUCACACUCUAUGAUCUUGUUUCAUAUAAUAACAAGCACAAUGAAGCUAAUGGAGAGAACGGAAACGAUGGAAGUAAUGAUAAUUUUAGCUGGAAUUGUGGUUUUGAAGGGGAAACUAGCGAUGCUAGUAUUAAAGCUUUGCGCUCCCGCCAGAUGAAAAACUUCCAUUUGACGUUAAUGGUAUCUCAGGGAACCCCAAUGAUGCUAAUGGGGGAUGAGUAUGGCCAUACUCGUUAUGGAAAUAACAACAGUUAUGGACAUGAUACUGCUAUUAACAAUUUCCAGUGGGGGCAGUUGGAUGCACGGAAGAAUAGUCACUUCAGGUUUUUCUCAGAGAUGAUAAAAUUUCGGCGAUCCCAUGGAGUAUUUCGUCAUGAAAAUUUUCUUGAAAAAAAUGAUGUAACAUGGCAUGAGGAUAACUGGGACAACUAUGAAAGCAAAUUCCUUGCAUUUACGCUUCAUGAUAAUGAUGGAGCAGAUAUCUAUUUGGCAUUUAAUGCCCACAAUUUCUUUGUUAAGGUUUCAAUAGCCCCAGCACCACCAAAGAGGCAUUGGUUUCGUGUGGUGGACACGAAUCUCAGUUCUCCAAAUGACUUUGUUGUUGAAGGUGUACCAGGCAUUGGAAGCACAUAUAAUGUGGCCCCAUACUCUUGUAUUCUUCUUGAAGCUAAAUCAUGAGAUGGCCUUUCAAGCUACAUGCAGAUGAACAUUCCAAAUGGGUAAAUUCUGAUGUGGGUUGCUAGUAUUUGUUUUGGAGAAAUGUUCAAGCGUCCAAAAAGUGGUUAGAAACUUGAGGACCUUAUCACUACUCUAAUCAAAUACAUGGUGGAAUCCGAUUCUCUUAUGACCUGUAAAGUGUAAUGAAACUAUAAAACUAUUUCCAGGUAAACAUAAAAGACAAAAUAAAAUAGUGUAGUUCGGAACAUGAGGGAAGAAUAAUCAGAAUUUCCAACUACGAGCAAUGCAAUAGGAUGUAAUUUGGUAUCUCUGUUAGUUACAUAUUCAAUAAAGACCAAAGAGGGUAGACAGUACGUAACGCUUAGAUCAUACCUUGUGUUCUGUUACUGUUAAAUCUUCAAAUUAUUUAUUUAUUUUUUAUAAGUGGGAUGUCUAGACCAGUUUAUGCACACAUCAAUUAAUCUUUUAGGCUUUUAGAACUAUUGGCCAAAUAUGGGUUCCAGAGAUUACUUUUAUUAGUUCACUCUUAUUAACAGUCAUGAGGACUCGAAUUAAAGAGGUCAUGUUAGAUUCUUUUCUUAUUCUUUUAUUCUUAAGAGGACUCGAAUUUGGAAGAUGUUAUUAAAUCAUCUUUUUUUAGAUACCAUGUUAAAUUUUCCACCUUACUCUUUUAUCACUAAGAUUCUAAUUUGAGAGAUGAUAUUAAGUCUUUUUUCUCAUUUACAAUCACAUCAUUCAACGGUAGUUAAUCUUCAAAGUCAUGUUCAUAUUAUGCUAUUAUAGCCAUAAAACUUUGUGGAUCUAUUUGUUAAUUAAUUAGUGGGAGACUCGGUAGAGUGUGCGCGUGUGGAAAGGUUGCUUUAGAAAAUGCUAAUGGCUUCGGUGUUAAGUUCUUCAAGCAAAUGACAGGUGUAUGAAUGCGUUGUCAUCAGGAAGCCCAAAAAGUGGUAUACAAUAGGACAAGUCAAGUCAUAGUUCACAAUUGAAUACAACCUGACACAGAUUGUGCUUCACUUUACGCCUUCUCCUUCACUUUGAGCUGACUCGGACUUUGUACGCGCUUCUGUUCACCACACGAUCAAUUCCACUCUUUCAAACAUCAUUACCAUAAAUGCAAGUAAAUGUUAUUAAUUACAUUCUUGAUUUUGGGUUGUAUCAUAAUUUGCUGAGUCUUUCUAUUCAAUG